AUGACUUGGCCGCCAACUCUCACACAGCUGAAGGAUCUGGUGCCUGAUGGUUGCAACUUUGCGGAUAAUGAUCUGACAAAUAAUACUAAGACAGACAUCAACGAGAUUGUCUCAAGCUGCUUGGCAGUGGCUAGCGAAAUUGAUGAUAUUCUCUCGGGCCAUGAAGGAAAGCUGGCGGCACUGAGUUGGGCCACUAGAGGCAAGCGAAAAGUCGCGACGUCUAAAGUGCUUCUAGAAACAAAUCGUCGGGCACUCAGUCUAGCUGUCGAUACCAUCACGCUAGCUACCGCCCAGAAUAUCAAGCAGGAUACAGCCGAUAUUCUCGAUGACACAACGCAUAUGAGAGGUGAUAUCCAUGACUUAGUGGCCAGGAUCAGGAACCUCGAAGCGAUGGUGGCAGAAAACAACCCCGACGAUCCGCGUAAAUAUGUACUGAUGCGCUAUCUCAACGAUUUAUCCUCCGUUGCUGGGUCUGUAUGUGACAUGCCAUCAAGGCCUGCGACACCUGAGUCGAACACCAGCGAAACAUUGGCCGAGGACAUAAAUUCUCGUAAUUCAUUCAAAAACACAUCUCUUGGUGCGAAAGAAACGAAUUACAAUCGAACACAGCCCCUAUCCUCCAUCCCCCUCAUACCAGACAGAAUUUCAGGAGCACGAAGAGAUCGUUGCUUUACCACUGAGUCCGGGGGUAGCUCAAUAAAUAAUCAGAGAACGCCAUCCCCGAUUCCGGGAACCUCAAAACUUUCCUAUGUAAGGACUAGCUAUCGUCAGCUUCUCCCACCGAAACUGAGCCCUUUGUCCUCAGGUUUCCGUGGAAUAACACUAUCACCCGAAGGAACCAAGCUCCUAUGGAGAGAUGAACGAUACAUGCUUCUCGAUAUCAACUCGGGAGAGGUCAAAGAUAUUGAUCCAAAGCCGCCUCGGUUCCGCCUCUCGGGGUUUCCAUCCGUGAAUUUCAUCAUCAUUGAAACUCUGAAAGUCGAGAUUCUGACAACCGAUGCCUCACUUCUUCUCGCGAGUGUGAAUACAGCCGCCGGUGUUGAUGGAGCUUCCAUUGUCAAGGUAAUUAAAACGACAAACCCUGAAGGAAAGUCAAAGCUCAUGUGCAAAAGUGCGUUUCUUCCUCAAAGCAGAGAAGUCAAGAAAACACUUUUUACGUUCUCGCAUAUGGAUCAAACUAUCACUGCCAUUCGACACGUUGAGCGGUCCGCAAUCUUGUACACUUGGAAGCUCCAUGAGGACUGGUUCACAGAUACCGAUAUAACGAGACAAGUACAAGAGCCUAAAAAGCUCCUCCUACCAGAAUAUAAUGGCAGCGAUGACUAUUGUCGGCAUAGUUCCUGGAAGCAGCAUGCGGCUCUUGGCUAUAAGAUUUCCCAGCGAUGCUCAGCCUGA